CUACCAUCUUCUAUUAAUAAAUGUUCAGAAGAGCCUCAUCAAGACUCUUGUCUAGGAAUGGCCUCAUUGGCUCAACCGCUGCAUUCGGUUUAUCCAGUUAUGCCUACUUAAACGCGCAAAAGGAAUCUAUCAGCAUGGACGACUCAGUUGAUCGUCGCCCAUCUGCACUCUGGACACCACCUACACGUGAUCAGAUGCUCGCAAAGUUAGGUGCCACUAACUCUGCCGAAAAGGAAGAACUUUGGGACUUGCUUAUCGUCGGUGGUGGUGCCACAGGUGCCGGUGUCGCAGUAGAUGCUGCUACUAGAGGCUACAAGACCGCACUCGUCGAACGUGACGAUUUCUCAUCUGGUACUUCAUCAAAAUCCACAAAGUUGGUUCACGGUGGUGUCAGAUACCUCCAAAAAGCUAUCCUUGAACUCGAUUACGAGCAAUGGAAACUCGUCCGUGAAGCCCUUCACGAACGUAAGACAUUCUUGGAUAUCGCUCCUUACCUCUCACAACCUCUUCCAAUUAUGUUGCCAGUCUACACUUGGUGGCAACUUCCUUACUUCUUCAUCGGUUGUAAGGUCUACGAUUUCCUUGCCGGAUCACAAAACAUGGAAUCUUCAUACGCCAUGUUCAAGGGCAAGACAGUUGAAUCAUUCCCAAUGCUUAAGUCAGACGGUCUCGUUGGAUCAGUUGUUUACUACGAUGGUCAACACAACGAUGCACGUAUGAACAUGGCUUUGAUCAUGACUGCUGUACACCACGGUGCCACAGUUGCAAACCACACUGAAGUCGUCAGCCUUUCAAAGGAUGCAAACGGCAAGAUUGAAGGUGCUAGACUGAGAGACAACAUCCACAAGACUGAAUGGGAUGUUAAGGCCAAGGGUGUCAUCAACGCAACUGGUCCAUUCUCAGAUGGUAUCCGUAAAUUCGAUGAACCACAAACUCAAGAAAUUGUUGCACCAUCAUCAGGUGUUCACAUUACCCUUCCAUCAUACUACUGUUCCCCAGAGCUCGGUUUGAUUGAUCCAAACACAUCUGACGGUCGUGUCAUUUUCUUCUUGCCAUGGUUAGGAAAUGUCAUCGCUGGUACAACCGACUCACCAUCAAAGGUUGAGCGUAACCCAGCACCAAAGGAAGAGGAAAUCCAAUGGAUUAUCGAUGAAGUCCGUAGAUACCUCUCACCAGACCUUAAGGUCCGUCGUGGUGAUGUUCUCUCCGCAUGGUCAGGACUUAGACCACUCGUUCGUGAUCCAGCAGCAAAGAACACUCAAUCACUUGUCAGAAACCACAUGAUUAACAUCUCAAAGGCUGGUCUUUUGACUAUCGCAGGUGGUAAAUGGACUACCUACCGUGCGAUGGCCGAAGAAACAGUUGACGCCGCUAUCAAGGAAUUCGGUCUUGAACCAAGAAAAUGCCAAACCACCAAGGUCAAGCUUGUAGGAUCACAUGGCUGGACUCCUAUGAUGUUCAUCAAGCUUAUCCAACAAUUCGGUUUGGAAACUGAUGUUGCUAAGCACUUGUCUGCUACAUACGGUUCAUUAGCAUGGAACGUUGCUGCUAUGACUGAAGCAACUGGAUUGAGAUGGCCAAUUCACGGUACAAGACUCGCCACCACAUACCCAUUCCUUGAAUCUGAAGUUAGAUACGCUUGUCGCUCAGAAUACGCUCAAACCUCAACUGAUGUUAUUGCACGUAGAACUAGACUUUCAUUCUUGAAUGCUCAAGCAUCACUUGAAGCACUUCCAAGAGUCGUUGACAUUAUGGCAGAAGAAUUAGGUUGGGAUCUUAGCCGUAAGCAACAAGAAUUCGAUGAGGGUAAGGAAUACCUCAUGACCAUGGGUCUUCCACCAACCAAGCAAAACCUUUCAUUGGGUGAUGUCAGAAGUGGUAAGGUUGUUGACAGAGAAUCUAAGGAAAUUGAAGAUGCUGUCUUCGCCAGAGCACAAUUCUCACCAUCUGAAUUGGAGACACUUAAGGACAAAUUCGCUGCAUUGGAUGUUGAUCAUGAUGGAUCAAUUACACGUGAAGACCUUGGCAAAUCACUUCACAACCUUGGUUAUGAGAAUGUUUCAGAGCAAGCUAUCACUGAUGUCCUUAGAGACACUCAACACAGAGAUGGUGUCAACUUCACCGAGUUCCUCGAUCUCGCAUCAGGUCUUAAGGAAGUUUCCCUCAGUAACGCUUUCACAUCAAUCAUUUCACAAGUUCCAGCUUCAUUGCAAGAACACGUAGCACAAACCCACCUCGGAGGUCCUGAAGGACCAAACCCAGUUGGACAUGGUGCUGCAGCAGAUGCUAACAGCCCAGCAGCUGCAAGUGGUGGUGGUGUUUAAACUGCUAUGUUGACGUAAAAAAUCUGAACAAUUCUUUAAUUUAGAUAGUUGAUUGACUCAAAAUUUGUUAUUCUUAAUGCACAUUGAUUU